UCUCCGCGUCGUGAUCCUCUGUCGUCUGAUCGGUUCUUCGGGGUCGAAAGUGGGGAUCCGCAGGAGGCUCCGUACACGGCUUCAUCUGUGUCGCUCUCGGAAGACGAUCUCAGUUGCGGAAGAAUAUCGUUCGUUUUCGGACACAAGAUUCGCAUUUUUUCGCAAAGAACCGUCGUAAUUGAUUCGUAAGGCCACUGCUACGUAGGAUCCUAUCUCUUUACCUCCACUUUCUGUGGCGUUUCGGAAUAUUGGCCCAGCACGUCCUCGUUCGUUUUCAUCUCGUUAUAAAGAUCUUUUUUAUUUUUACGGUAAAGGUCAUCGACACGUUCCAAUCGAGUGGACGAGAUCAAGAUCGACGCACGAUCGGCUUUAACCGCGUGAUACUGAAACAUGGAGAACACGUGACCCUAUAGAAAUAAAACGGAAGUCGUGUGAGCAGAAGUAGCGACGAGGAGGGUGUCGAAGGGAAAGAAAGCGAUGCCAAGGGCCGCGAGGACAGCGGACGUCGAUCGAAAACGUGCGAUCAUCGAUUGAGGUCAGCAGCGAUCUCGAAGCUGCAUAGUUGUUUGUUAGGUGGUCAACUAGUCGUUGACGAAGAUGAAGAAUAACACGAGUAACCACGAGAAGAACGGGCCUGAGAGCCUGAAACUGCUGAGGGUACCGUCCACGCCACCGACUACCCCAACGACCCCUACCACGCCGAGCUCUAGGGGUCCCGAAGACUUUUUUAAGGAUCUACCUAUCACCGACGAAACCUCCUGCGGGAUCUGGUGUAUACGCAACCCGACCCUGCAGAGAUUUGCCAAUAAGAAGGCUUAUGUGUUUCUAUACGGUGUGCUAGGAUGUAUAUUUUCGGCGAGUUACGCGUAUUUCAACGGCACCAUCACCACCAUAGAAAAGAGGUUCAAGAUACCGUCGAAAACGACAGGUCUCAUCUCUGUGGGUAACGAUAUCUCGCAAUUAUUCGUAUCAGUGGUCCUAUCUUAUUACGCAGGAAGGGGUCACAGGCCUCGAUGGAUCGCAUUCGGGAUUUACACCGUAGUACUUUUCUGCUGUCUAACGAUGUUGCCACACUUUUUGUAUGGCCCUGGAGAAGACGCUCUUCUACUCACGAAAGAAUAUGGUGCAAAAUCGCGAGCUGUGAACUCGAGUCAUAUACCUGACAAAUAUCGGAAAUUUUUAUGCCUGGGAAACGAGAGCCGAGAAAACGAAUGCGAGGAUGCUGAUGGGAACUUCGCACCCCAAGCGUUGCUGUUCAUAGCACAGCUGGUGUCUGGAGUCGGUGGCUCGCUUUACUAUACUUUAGGAGUGUCCUACAUGGACGACAACAUACAAAAGUCGAAGACACCAGCUUUAAUCAGUUUUUCGUACUUUUUGAGAAUGCUGGGACCAGCUAUUGGCUACGGUUUAGCCUCAUUUGCCCUCAAGUUUUACAUUAGCCCUACCUUAACGCCUACAAUUACAACUCAGGACCCUAGAUGGUUAGGUGCUUGGUGGCUCGGUUGGAUCAUCUUAGCGUUCCUGCUCUUCGUCUUUGCAAGCAUCAUCGCGCUUUUCCCCAAGACGCUGCCUAGAGCUGCUGCUCGUAAAGCUUUAGCGUUGGAACGGAAUAAAUCAGCGACUAGCAUAAAAGGAGGCGAGGAGCCAGAAUUACCUGCUUCCAUCUCGGACAUGAUGAGGACAUUCAAACGGCUGCUAACGAAUCUCACUUUAAUGUGUAACAACUUAGCAACCGUCUUCUACUUUCUGGGAUACAUGCCUUAUUGGAUUUUCAUGCCGAAAUAUAUCGAAACUCAGUACAAACAGUCCGCCUCUGUUUCAUCAUUAAUUACUGGGACAGUCGGCUUGGUCUUCAGUGCCUUUGGAAUUCUUAUAUCCGGUUUAGUCAUCUCUAAGUACAAACCAAAGGCUAGGUACUUGGCUGCGUGGAACGUAAUGGUGGGAGCUAUAUCGGUUGUAGGGAUGAUUUCCUAUGCUUUCCUCGGCUGUUCUGCUAACGACAAUCAGAUCACGGUUCAACCAGAUGGUGCUUUAAUGACACAGCUUCCAUGCAAUGAACAAUGUCACUGCGACUACGUUACAUAUAAUCCCGUCUGUUCGGAACAUGGUCAGACCUUCAUCUCAGCUUGUCACGCUGGAUGUCGCAACAUAAAGAUGCAAAAUAACGGUAGUAAGAUGUACACGGAGUGCAGUUGUAUCAAACCAAAGUUUGCUCGACCGUUGCCAUUUUUGUUUGCGAACAACACUUUGCCACAUACAACGGAAAUGCCAUUUGAGUCUACACAACCAGAUGGAUCAGCAAAUUUGGGAACAGCAAUACCUGGCGCCUGUUCCGUAGAUUGCAUGCAUAAGUUCUAUAUUUUUUUGGCUGUGGUCUGUCUGCUCAAGUUCAGUGGCGCCACCGGCAGGGCGUCGAACUUCCUAGUCUCGGUUAGAUGCGUCGAUGAGAAGGAUAAGACAGUGGCUAUGGGCUUUGGAUUAACUAUUAUGAGUUUAUUUGCAUUCAUACCGUCUCCUAUUUUGUUUGGAUUUAUUUUAGAUAAAACCUGUCUUGUUUGGGGGAAAACAUGUUCAGGUACAGGAAAUUGUUGGCUCUACAAUGGGGAGACACUGAGAUAUCUACUAAACUUUACUGCAGCCACAUUCGUAACGAUCGGUACGUUAUUCGAUGUGGGUGUCUGGUACUUCGUGAAAGACGUGAAGAUCUUCGACGAAGAGAUCGAGCUGAAAGACAUAGCUGAAGAACCAGGGGAGACACUUUGAAAGUGAGUCAUUAACGAUCGAGUCAGAUCGCUUCGUUUCGAGGAAAGGUGAAGUUAAGGAUAUGGACGGCGAAGACGUUGAUGAAAAGAAAAAAAAACUAAAUAAAUAAAUAAAAAGAAAAAGAUGGGAACGUUGGAAAAAUGGGAGAGCCGACGAAUAAAGACUUUACAAGUACCUUAAGCAACUUCUUAGAUAUUUAAACGCUCGUAGUACCUCAGAUAGAACUUAUUGUUGACUAGUUCACUCGUGAGGCACGGCAUUUGAAGAUGGAAAUGAAUUUAAUUUUUUACUAUCCUCGUUUUACUACAAUUGUUAAUUCUCAUCGCCUGUGAGAAGUCUGGAGGUUAAACUAUUGAAGACGAUCCAUGGAAGAUUAAGGGUAGCAUCUACAGCAGUAGGAGACUUUCGUGUCAGUCAUAGACUCAUGUUUCGUGUACAAAAUGUAAUCUAGGCAGGAAGAAAUGAUUCUUGUCUGUCGGUGAAAGGAGAUGUUUUUAUUCUAAAUUUAAUGGUAUUAUGUAUCGUAUUUUUUAAAAUCAACGAAACGUUGCCAAGUUCUCGAAUAAUGUUAAGAAGAAAA